CUCUACGUCCGCUCAUCGGCGGCCGGGGCGGAGAGAGGGAGGGCACAGCUCGUCUCCCGCCCCCUGCUCGCCUUCUCCUUCUCCUCCUCCUCCUCCUGGUGCCCGCCCUCUGUUCCUCCUUCCCUCCCUGCAGCGCCGGGGAGACCGCGAGAGCGGCGCCCGCCCCUCCAGGGCGAGGGAAGGCGGUGCAGCCCGCGGGCAGGAAGCUGGAUGAGGACGUGUGCGCGGGCAAGGCAGCCCCUCGGGCAUGAAGGGGACCGCGGGGACGCUGCCCUGCCCUGCAGCCGAGCGGGGACAUCAGGAGGACAGCUGCCUUCAGAUGGUACAGAACUCACUGACAGUUGCUCUUGCUUCAGUCCUACUUCAUGAGAACUUCAGAAGUUACUAACUGAGUGAUAUUUGGCCAGACCUAAAAUAUCUUCCACUCCAGAUCUGAAAGUAGUGGAAAAGUUAGACAAUUCUCUCUUGGAAAGAGACCGGUUGUAGUUUUUUCACAAGUCCACAUUGUUUCAAAUCUCCAAGCAGAUGGUACGUGAACAAUACAUGACAACAACACCAGGCACGAGCCUAGAGAGGCCGAAGAAUGAAUAUGUCUACAAAAUUGGAAUUUAUGGCUGGAGAAAGCGUUGUCUCUACCUGUUUGUUCUCCUCCUGCUUAUCAUCCUAGUUGUGAAUUUUUCGUUGACAAUUUGGAUUCUUAAAGUGAUGUGGUUUUCCCCAACUGGAAUGGGACACCUGCGUGUUACAAAAGAAGGCCUUCGACUGGAAGGGGAAUCUGAAUUCUUAUUCCCUCUUUAUGCCAAAGAAAUCCAUUCGAGAGUGGACUCAUCACUGCUUCUCCAGUCUACUCACAAUGUGACUGUGAAUGCUCGCAAUUCAAAUGGGGAAGUCACAGGCAGAUUAAAUGUGGGUCCUAAAAUGGUAGAAUUCCACAGUCAGCAAUUUCAGAUCAACUCAAAGGAUGGAAAGCCACUUUUUACAGUGGAUGAAAAUGAAGUUGUAAUUGGCACAGAUAAGCUGCGAGUCACAGGACCUGAAGGGGCACUUUUUGAACAUUCUGUAGAAACACCACUUGUGAAAGCAGAAGCUUUUAAACAGCUUAGGCUGGAAUCACCAACUCGAUCUCUGAGCAUGGAUGCACCACGAGGAAUUAAUAUUAAAGCACAAGCUGGGAAUAUUGAAGCGCUUUCCCAGAUGGAUAUCAAACUACACAGCAGUGAUGGCGUGCUUUUGCUGGAUGCUGAAACCGUGCGUCUGCCCAAGCUGCCUGAGGGUACAAGGGGUGGAUCUGGGAUUUCUCAGGGGCUCUAUGAAAUCUGUGUGUGUCCAGAUGGAAAGCUCUACUUGUCAGUGGCUGGCAUGGGCUCCACUUGCCAGGAAUACAGCCGAGUCUGCCAGUGAGGCACCCAAAAGGCCACACACCUCCUUGGGCAUCUGGGUUUUGUAUUACUCCUAAAGAGCAUUACUGAAAGCAUAUUUUUCAGCAUUUUAGAAACAAAGUACUUAAAAUUUAGGAAACAAAUCUGCAUCUACAGUUCUGGAAUACAGGGUGUAAGGGGAAGAAGAGCACAAAUGACAUUUCCACUGCAGAAGAAUGACCUGACUCAAAUUACAUGUUUUGUCAGAAACACUUGGAAAACAGCCUUACAGAGAGUAUAAAAAAUAAAACAAAUAUGUUUCCUUGCUGAACUGUUAUUCAGUCAGAUGAUUAUGUCGUUGUUCAUAUUUUUGAGAUCCAUGGGUUUUUCCUCUCACUACAUGUAAACACUUACUGGGUGAAAUGAAAUUGAGGGAACUACUUGAAUUAUUUGUAAGACAAAGCAUUAUUUGGAAAAUUCAGAAAGUGCCAGCAAAUGGUCUAUGCAAUUUUGUUCUUGCAAUAACACAAGAUAGAAAAAUGUGGUAUUUGUGUGAGUUCUGUGUAAAAGAUGUUAAUUUGUUGAUAGCUUUCUGUUUUAAUUUGGCAACACAUAUGCUGAUUUGCUUCUUACUGAGAUUCGUAUAAAAAUACCUAAUGCAAAAGCUCCAGAAGUCAUGAAGGCCUCUCUGUGUCUCAGAUCCAUUCACUAUAAAACGGAGAAGUAUGUUAGUGUAUUUUAUUAUAGCAUUGUUUGUUCUACUGCCUGUACCAUCAUAUUCAAUCAAAUCCUUUUUUAUUUUAUGACAUGCUAAUUCAACAAGGCAAUCUGUUGUGCCAGCUGGACUAGUAAACAAAAAAAAAUAUGUCUUCAGAUUGUCUGACCUAAGGAACUCUUUGGGCAGUGGGAAAAAUUCCUUUUAUGCAGCCCACAGAUUUCAACUAAGAGGAAUAUUUCAUUCCCAUCUGUACCUGUUUACUGGUAUUUCUGAUCUGUCAGAGUGGGACUCCACCACAAACAGAGAGAGUAAAACUGUUAUUAUUUUUUACAUUAGGAUUUUGGAUACAAAAUAAAUGCUCACCAGAGCUGACAAACCGUUUAUUGGCCUUGUAAAGAAACACAACUGCAGACCCAUUCCCCUGUACAGUGUUGCACUGAACACAAAUAAAUUGUUUGCACACCU